AUGGGUUCCCUCAAGGAUGUCGAGGCCUCCCAUGAUGACCACAAGGAGCCUGUGGCUCUGGAGAUGGACGACGUCUUGAAGGAUCCCAGGGCUGCCACCGAGCUCAACGAAGCUGCUAUGGACUUCGAGAUUCAGCAGUUGGAGGAGCAGCUGCGGGAGCUGAAGCAGCCUCGCUUCCUUUUCACCUUGUCCAACCCGGCAUAUUUCACCUAUAUUCUGGUCGCCUUUGCCUCCAUGGGAGGUCUGCUCUCGGGUCUGGACCAGUCCCUGAUCAGUGGUGCCAAUCUCUUCAUGCCCGGCGACCUGCACCUGUCCGCCAGUCAAGGGAGUUUGGUGAAUGCCGGUAUGCCCCUGGGGGCCGUCGGCGGUGCUCUUGUCCUCUCGCCGGCCAACGAGCUACUGGGUCGUCGCAUGGCUAUCAUUGUAUCUUGUAUCCUCUACACUAUCGGUGCCGCCCUGGAGGCGGGUGCCGUGGACUUUGGCUUGAUGUUUGCCGGUCGGUUCAUCCUGGGUAUGGGGGUUGGUCUUGAGGGCGGCACGGUUCCUGUCUAUGUUGCCGAAUGUGUCCCCGGGCGGAUCCGUGGGAACUUGGUCUCGCUCUACCAGUUGAAUAUCGCCCUCGGGGAGGUCCUGGGUUAUGCUGUGGCCGCUAUCUUCGUGGAUGUGAAAUCCGGCAACUGGCGGUACAUCCUCGGUUCCUCGCUUGUCUUCUCAACCAUCCUCCUGGUGGGCAUGUUGUUCCUUCCGGAAAGCCCGCGUUUCCUGAUGCAUAAGGGCAAACCGGUAGAAGCGUAUGGCGUGUGGAAGCGCAUCCGCGGCGUGGACACACUCGAGGCCAAGGACGAGUUCCUGGGCAUGCGGCAGGCCGUCACAAUGGAGAACGAGGAGCAGCAGCGCACCAAGAAGUUGGCCUGGAUGGACUUCUUCACUAACCCCCGUGCGCGCCGUGCCAUGGUCUACGCCAACGUCAUGGUCUUUUUGGGCCAGUUUACCGGUGUCAACGCCGUGAUGUACUACAUGGGGGUGCUGAUGACCAAGAUCGGAUUCGACGACCGCACCAGCGUCUUCAUGUCGUUGGUCGGCGGUGGCUCCCUGCUGAUCGGCACCAUCCCGGCCGUCAUGUACAUGGAGAAAUUCGGCCGCCGCUACUGGGCCAACGCAAUGCUCCCGGGCUUUUUCAUCGGUCUGGUGCUUGUCGGCGUGGGAUACACGAUCGACUACGGCAAACACCCCGCCGCCGCCGAAGGAGUCUACCUAACCGGCAUCAUCCUGUACAUGGGGUUUUUCGGUUCCUACGCCUGUCUGACCUGGGUCAUCCCCGCCGAGGUCUUCCCCACCUAUUUGCGCAGUUACGGCAUGACGACCGCCGAUACCAACCUUUUCCUCUGCUCCUUUAUCGUGACUUACAACUUCACCGCCAUGAUGAACUCCAUGACCCGGAUCGGCCUCACCCUGGGCUUCUACGGUGGCAUUGCCGCUAUCGGCUGGGUCUACCAGAUCCUAUUCAUGCCCGAGACGAAGAACAAGUCUCUCGAGGAGAUUGACGAACUGUUUUCGCGCCCAACUUCCUCGAUAGUGCGUGAGAAUGUGAAGAAUACUGCCCAGGUCAUUCGAGACCUGCUCCACCUCCGCCUUUGGAAGGUCUUUGUCCCUAGUGCUUAG